UCACCAAGAAGAUUUUUGACUCGCAUAUUUCUCCAGACUGCAAACAUAACAAAUCUCACAAAAGUAGAAGCUAAAAAAAAAAAAAUAACCACCGAUAACAAGAACAACUAGAGACAACCAUCUACCGCUGUCUCAUUUUCCCAUCCAAUAUUUUUGGGGAAUUUUCUGUGCCUUUUUUUCCACCCGAUCGAAUUGUAAAUUGUUAAAAUGGGCUCAGUCGUUGGUUCACUUUCAAAGAAAUCUGUAGAUAUGGCAAGCCCCACAGCACAAUUCGUACGCAGUCAAAUCCAAUCAAAUAAGGUUGUGAUAUUUUCCAAAACUUAUUGUCCAUACUGCACCAUGGCUAAAGAGCAAUUUAAGAAACUAAACGUUCCAAUGCACGUGAUAGAAUUAGAAUCUCGAAAUGAUUGUGAUGAGAUCCAAGAUGUCCUUGGCGAAUUGACUGGAGCACGAAGUGUCCCUCGUUGUUUUGUUGAUGGCAAAUUUAUUGGAGGUGGUACUGAUGUCAAGACAUUGUACGAAACUGGAAAAUUGAAGGAACUAGUUGCAUAAAGAUGUGUUGGCACCCGACCCCCCUUUACUCCAAAAAAUGCGGUGAUUGGAACCUAUUUUUAUUGUAAAUUUGCUUAAAUUAUUAAACAUGUGAAAAGUUUUUAGUUUUUUUGUUAAAUGUUAAAUAUAUAAAUGAUAAUUAAAGUUUACAAUUCUUGCAUAGGUUAAA